GCUAAACCGCUGCGCCACCCAGGGAUCCCUCAUUUUGCCAUAUUUGAUUUAUUAUUGUCCUGUACAUAUUUGUAAUUACUACUUUUCCUGAGCCACUUGAGAAUUGGCUGCACUCAUCAUGCCCUUUCCCCUUUUAUACUUCUGUGUGUAUUUCCUAAGAUCAACCAUAUUUCCUUAUAGAACAAGAGCUUCAAAUCCAGUGAAAAUUGCCAUUCAUUUUCCAGUUUCUUUAAUUGUCCCAGUAAUACCAUUUAGACCCCUUCCCUGGGACAGAAUCCUCUUCACAUUGUUUUCACGUCCUUUAAUCUGGAACCGUUUCUCAGCCUUUCAGGACAUGGAAAUUUUUGACAAAUGCAAGGCAGUUAUCAUACAGAAUAUCUCGGCAUUUGAAUUUGGCUAAUGUGUAUGAUGAUGUCCAUGAUUAGAUGCUGCAUAUGCAUUUUUUACUUAAAGUAUGUAAGUGACGUUUCCUUUUCAGGGUCACACAUCUGGAGAUACAUGGUAGAAGUCUACCCCUUAUUGGUGCUAUUAAUUUUGCUCACUUGUUUAUUUUCACAUUAUAUAGUUAUUUACUUUUUUAUAAUUUAAAGUAAUUUGUAAAGAAAUUCUGCUAGGAUUUUGAUAGGUGAUAUUGUACUGUGGGAGAAUUGACUCCUUAGAACCACUGAAUGGUCCACCCAAUGAAUAUGGAAUAUAUUUCUAUUUAUGUAGGUUCUCUUUUAUUUAUCUCUACAGUGUUUUGAAGUUUGAAGUGUAGAGGUCUUGUACAUACUUUAUUAUAUUUAUUCCUAAGUAUUUCAACCAUUUUUAAGUGUAUAACUCAGUGGUAUUAAGCACAUUCACGUUGCCAUGCACCUGAUCACCCAAACUCUCCAGAACAUUUUCAUCUUUCCAAACUGAAACUCUGUAUCUGUUAAACAAUGACUCCCCAUUUCCCUUUGCCCUAAUUCUUAGCAACCAUGAUUCUACUUUCUGUUUCUAUGAAUUUGGCUACUCUUGUGUACUUUUAACAUUAUUGUAAAUGACUUCUUAAAAAAGAUUAUUUAUUUGAGAGAGAGAGAGAGAACGCGCAGGCAGUGGGGAGAAGCAGUGGCAGAGAAAGGGAAGAGAAUCCCAAAUAGACUGCACAGAGCAUGGAGCCUGAUGUGGGGCUCAAUCCCAUAGCCAUGAGAUCAGGACCUGAGCCAAAACCAAGAGUCACAUGCUCAACCAACUGUACCAUUGAGGCACCCCUGGAAAUGACAUUUUAAAAAUUUUCAUUUCCUGUUAUGUACAGAAAUAUAAUUGAUUGUAUUGACCUUGUCCUGUGAUCUUGCUAAAUCUGUAUUCGUUUUAGUAGUUUAAAAAUAUAUUCCUUAGGAUUUUCUAUGCAAAUUAUGGUAUGAAACGUGAGUAAAGGCAGUCUUACUUCUUCCUUUCCAAUCUAUAAGCCAUUUGUCUAUAUACCAUUUAUCUAUCUAUCCAUCCAUCGAUCAAAUUGAUCAAUCUAUCUCCUGAUCAGAAUGGUUAAGACCUCCAUGGUAAUGUCUGCUAAAAUUGGUAAGAGCAGACAGGUUUAUCUUUUUCAAUGUCUAUGGGGAAAAAUGUUCCUUAUUUCACUGUUAAGUCACACAUCCAUUGUAGGGUUCUGAUAGAUGCCCUUUUUUAAUAGAUUAAGAGUGAUUUUUUUUUAAUUGAGAGUUUUAGUAAUGAAUGAAUGUUGACGUUUGUCAACUGCUUUUUCCGUCAACUGAGAUUAUUACAUGGUUUCCCUCUUUGUCUCUGUUUUCAGUAACUAGUUUUUAAAUGUUGAAAUAACCUUGCAUUCUUGGUUAGCCCAGUUGGUUUAUUACCUAUUUUUCUAUUGUCUUUUUAUUUGGUUGGGUCCAGUUUUUUUAUUUUUGUUUUGUGAAGCAUGUUGCCCAUUUGGUCAAGGGCAUUUUGGUCUGUUAUGUCCUUAGACAUCCUUGUGAGGCAUUUGUAUCAUUUGACCUUAUAAAAUGAAUUAGAAAGUAUCUCAUUCCUUUAUAUUUCAAAAGAGUUUGUGUAAAACUACUGUUUCUUCCCUAAAUAUCUGAUAGAAUGCACCAGUUUCUAUUAUUUGGGCCUGGGGUUUUUGAUCAUGGGAAGGUUUUUUAUUACUUCAAAUUCCUUAAGAUAUUUAAGGCUAUUGUGAGUUUUAUUUCUAUUUCCACUAAUUUUAGUGUAUUGUGUUUUUCAAGGAAUUUGCCAUACUUUUCUAAGUUAUUGGAUCAGUGUUCACAUAUUUCUGCAUAAUGUUUCCUAUUAUCUUUUAACAUCCUUAGAGUCUUUGAUGAUGUCCCCUUUUGCACUUCUGAUACUGGUAAUGUGUAUUUUCUCUUUUUCUUAAUCAGUUUUUCUAGGUAUAAACAAUUUUGUUCUUUUUUUUUUUUUUUUUGAAGAACCAACUUUUGGUUUUAUUGAUUUUUCUGUUUCUUUUAUAUUGAUUUAUGCUCUCAUCAUUAGUAUUUUUUUAAUUACUUCAGGUUUAGCUUGACAUUCUUAUUCCAACUUCUUACAAUAUAAAACCUGACCUAAUUUAAGCAUUUAAAGUCAUAAAUUUCUCUUUAAUUGCUGUUGUAGCUGCAGUCCACAAUUUUUGGUAUCCUGUUUUCACUUCUCAUAUUUUAUGUGAAUUCCAUUUAAAAUACCAUUUAAUUUUUCUUGUAUUUUCUUUUUUGAGCCCAAAGAUUAUUUAGAAGUGGGCUAUUUAAUUUUCAAGUAUUUGCAGAGUUUCUAAACCUUUUUGUUAUUGAUUUUUAAUUUAAUUUGAUGCGAUCUGAGACUUAUGAUUCCAAUUCUGUUAAAUUUACUGUGAGUUACUUUGUGGCGAGAAUAUGGUCUGUCUGGGUGGAUGUGCUGUGCACUGAAACAUGGAUGCUGUCUCGUUGAGUAUGUUGUUUUACAAACAUCCAUUAGGUCAAGAGGGGUGGUCAGUGUUUCCACUGUUGUUUCUUUAUGAGUUUUUUUUUAUCUAGUUUGAUGAAUUGCUGUGAGACAAGUGUUAACAUUUCCAAGUGUAAUUGUGGAUUUUUCUGUUUCGUUCUCUAGUCCUGUAAGUUCUUGUUCAUAUAUUUUAAUGCUCUGAUACUAUAUAUGUUCACAUUUAUAUCUUUUUGGUUACCCUCCUGUUUGAAAGAUGUUUCCAUUGAGUGUGGAGUUCCAGGUUCACGAUUUAUUUUCUCUGCUGGAUUUGAUGGCACAUCAGUUAGACCCCUUGUACUCGCCCCCAGCUCACUGAGAGACGACUACCAUGAGGACGGCUUCUGCCAGCCUUACCGGGGGAUCGCGUGUGCACGCUUCAUUGGGAACCGGACCAUCUAUGUGGACUCCCUCCAGAUGCAGGGGGAGAUUGAAAACCGAAUCACAGCGGCCUUCACCAUGAUUGGCACCUCCACACACCUGUCGGACCAGUGCUCGCAGUUUGCCAUCCCGUCCUUCUGCCACUUCGUGUUCCCGCUGUGCGACUCGCGCUCCCGGGCGCCCAAGCCCCGCGAGCUGUGCCGGGACGAGUGCGAGGUGCUGGAGAGCGACCUGUGCCGCCAGGAGUACACCAUCGCGCGCUCCAACCCGCUCAUCCUCAUGCGGCUGCAGCUGCCCAAGUGCGAGGCGCUGCCCCUGCCCGAGAGCCCCGACGCCGCCAACUGCAUGCGCAUCGGCAUCCCGGCCGAGCGCCUGGGCCGCUACCAUCAGUGCUACAAUGGCUCGGGCACAGAUUACAGAGGCACCGCCAGCACCACCAAGUCAGGGCACCAGUGCCAGCCGUGGGGCCUGCAGCUCCCCCACAGCCACCACCUAACCAGCGCAGACUUCCCCGAGCUCGGAGGGGGGCAUGCUUACUGCCGGAACCCUGGGGGGCAGAUGGAAGGCCCCUGGUGCUUCACGCAGAAUAAAAACGUACGCAUGGAACUGUGUGACGUACCCUCUUGUAGUCCCCAGGACAGCAGCAGGAUGGGAAUUCUGUACAUCUUGGUCCCGAGCAUCGCCAUCCCCCUGGUCAUCGCGUGUCUUUUCUUCUUGGUCUGCAUGUGCCGGAAUAAGCAGAAGGCCUCGGCGUCUACACCGCAGCGGCGCCAGCUGAUGGCUUCUCCAAGCCAGGAUGUGGAAAUGCCUCUCAUCACCCAGCACAAGCAGGCCAAGCUCAAGGAGAUCAGCUUGUCGUCGGUGAGGUUCAUGGAGGAGCUCGGAGAGGACCGGUUUGGGAAGGUCUACAAAGGCCACCUGUUCGGCCCGGCGCCAGGGGAGCAGAGCCAGGCCGUGGCCAUCAAAACGCUGAAGGACAAAGCAGAGGGGCCGCUCCGGGAGGAGUUCCGGCACGAGGCCAUGCUUCGGGCCCGGUUGCAGCACCCCAACAUCGUCUGCCUGCUGGGCAUGGUGACCAAGGACCAGCCGCUCAGUAUGGUCUUCAGCUACUGCUCACACGGUGACCUCCACGAGUUCCUGGUCAUGCGCUCGCCGCACUCCGACGUGGGCAGCACAGACGACGACCGCACAGUGAAGUCAGCCCUGGAGCCCCCCGACUUCGUGCACGUGGUGGCGCAGAUCGCUUCGGGGAUGGAGUACCUGUCCAGCCACCACGUGGUGCACAAGGACCUGGCCACCCGCAACGUCCUCGUGUACGACAAGCUGAAUGUGAAGAUCUCCGACUUGGGGCUGUUCCGCGAGGUGUACUCGGCCGACUACUACAAGCUGAUGGGGAGCGCGCUGCUGCCCAUCCGCUGGAUGUCCCCCGAGGCCAUCAUGUACGGCAAGUUCUCCGUGGACUCAGACAUCUGGUCCUACGGCGUGGUCCUGUGGGAGGUCUUCAGCUACGGCCUGCAGCCCUACUGCGGACACUCGAACCAGGACGUGGUGGAGAUGGUCCGCAGCCGGCAGGUGCUGCCCUGCCCGGACGACUGCCCCGCCUGGGUGUAUGCCCUGAUGAUCGAGUGCUGGAACGAGUUUCCCAGCCGGCGGCCCCGCUUCAAGGACAUCCACAGCCGGCUGCGUGCCUGGGGCAGCCUGUCCACCUACAACAGCUCGGCACAGACCUCGGGCGCCAGCAACACCACGCAGACCAGCUCCCUGAGCACCAGCCCGGUCAGCAAUGUCAGCAACGCCCGCUACGGGGGCCCCAAGCAGAAGGCCCAGCCCUUUCCGCAGCCCCCGUUCAUCCCCAUGAAGGGCCAGAUCCGGCCCAUGGUGCCCCCUCCCCAGCUCUACAUCCCAGUCAAUGGGUACCAGCCGGUGCCCGCCUAUGGGGCCUACCUGUCCAACUUCUAUCCGGUCCAGAUCCCGAUGCAGAUGGCCCCGCAGCAGGUGCCUGCCCAGGUGGUCCCCAAGCCCGGCUCCCACCACAGUGGCAGUGGCUCCACCAGCACAGGCUAUGUCACCACGGCGCCCUCCAACACGUCCAUGGCCGACAGGGCAGCCCUGCUCUCAGAAGCCACCGAGGACACCCAGAACACCCCAGACGAUGCAGCCCAGAGCCCAGUGCAGGAAGCAGAGGAGGAGGAGGAUGGUUCUGUCCCGGAAACUGAACUGCUAGGGGACAAUGAGACUCUGCAGAUGGAUGAGGCCGAGGGGCAGCUGGAGGCCUGAGGGGGCUUGGGGCCACUGGGCACUCAGCGGGGAGGCUCAAGCCCAGGCACCAGUGGGCUGGCGUGCACUCCCACUGCACAGAAUCUGCACCCGUGUCGUCCUCUCGUGCGCAGAGCUGCCGUUUGUGGCCACUUGCGGCUGGAGGGUCUUUGAGCUGGUGGCGCCUGACCAGGCAAAGGUGGUGGCCCAGAGGGAUGCCCGGUGACCACCUACGCCCCCAGCAUUCCCCGAGGGAGAUGGGUGGUGGGUGAGCAGGGCCUGCACUUUGCAGGGACAUAGGUACUGUCUGCCCUCCACCUUGCACAUAGGAUCGGACGUGGUGCAACUUUGGGAACACAGGCCUGUGGGGCUGCGAGGCGGGACGUCGGGCUUUGGGAUUCGGGGCAGCCGGCCUGUUCGAGGAUGGAGCCGGCCUGCUGUCUCCCUGCCACCCACCCCGCCCUGCCCCUCUGCCAGAGACCGUCUCCCCGCUGCCGCCCAGGAUCGGCGGGAACAGGAUGCUGCCGCCUGCCUGCCAGGGUCCCGUGAACACGGGGCUUCUGAAAUGGGAGUUCUCUGCGCCUUACAUGCAAAUGUGCCUUAAAAGAAACCCAAUGCGAUUUUGCAUUUUUGUGAAAUGAUUUUAAUCAUCCUGCAUGUGUCUUUCGCCCACUUUUCUGGAAUUCAGGGGCAAGUGUUUCUUGGGUUUGGAAUGUUUGGAGCGACGUUGUACAGAGCACAGUAUUGUUGUUUUGUUUCUCGAGAAUCAUGUACAGACCUGAAAUGUAAUUUAUAUGGUUUUGUAUGCCAUUUUCAUGGACGUAUGGCGAGCUUAGUAAUUUAACUGUUUACUUUACCCACCCUGGGACGCCACCUGAUUGUAAUUUGGUUUGCUUGUGUUUGUGUCCUAUGUAGGCGAGGUCCGUUCAUUUCAGAGCCGGUGGGAGAGGAGGCUCACAGGCUGGCACACCGAUGAUCUCACUUGUAACUCCCAUCCCUGGUGUAUCCAAUAAAGUGAAACAGAACUUUU